GGGGCAGCUGAGAGUCGCAUCCGAUUUCCGGUAACAUGGCGGCGGCCUGCGAGAUAGUCCCGAUUAAUUCCGGCUGUCAGCCGUAGUCUUUAGCGGAGAUUCUGAUACCGGGAUGACUGGUUGACAGCUGCCGGCUCCGAGUCGAUUGGAGUCGGAGCGCGAGUUUGGGGUCCGGCAGUCCACUCAGUAUCUGUUGUAUCCCCCACUCGGCUGCUAUUUAUCGGAGUGUGGGGGGCCCUCUCCCGCAGUUACCAAAUGGGGAGGUGGGGAAUGAGCAGCCCGUGGGCAGAGCGGAAAGGAGAUCCUAUCUGGAGCUAAGGAACAUCCCCUCUGGGCAGGUGUACAGCCAAAGGAUUUUUUUUUUUUUUUUUUAUGCAGAAAAUAUUUGUAGUCAAAAUGCCUGAAGUUGCCACAACGGUUUCCUCUGAAGAAAUGUCAAGUCCACCUGUGGCUGAAAGUUGGUGUUAUACCCAGGUCAAAGUUGUCAAAUUCUCCUACAUGUGGACCAUAAAUAACUUUAGUUUUUGCCGAGAAGAAACCGGUGAAGUUUUAAAAAGUUCCUCAUUUUCAUCAGGACCUAAUGAUAAACUGAAAUGGUGUUUAAGAGUUAAUCCAAAAGGUUUAGAUGAUGAGAGUAAAGAUUACUUGUCCUUGUAUUUACUUCUCGUCAGUAGCCCAAAAAAUGAAGUGCGGGCGAAAUUCAAGUUUUCUAUCCUUAACUCCAAGAAUGAAGAGACAAAAGCCAUGGAAAGUCAGAGAGCCUAUCGCUUUGUUCAGGGAAAAGACUGGGGUUUUAAGAAAUACAUUAGACGAGAUUUUUUACUUGACGAAGCUAAUGCUCUGUUACCAGAUGAUAAGCUUACACUGUACUGUGAGGUUAGUGUGGUCCAAGACUCCGUAAAUAUAUCAGGCCAGUCCAGCUCAAACAAUCUAAAAGUACCGGAGUGUCAACUGGCAGAAGAUAUGGGAUGUCUCUGGGAAAACCGAAGAUUCACAGACUGCAGCCUCUUUGUAGAAGGGAAUGAAUUUAAGGCUCAUAAAUCUAUUCUUGCAGCUCGCUCUCCUGUAUUUAGUGCAAUGUUUGAACAUCCCAUGCAAGAAAGUAGAAAGAAUAGGGUAUACAUUCGUGAUGUGGAUCCUGAAGUGUUUAAAGAAAUGAUGAGAUUCAUUUACACCGGAGGAGCACCUCAUCUGGACAAGAUGGCAGAUAAAUUGUUGGCAGCGGCAGAUAAAUAUGCACUGGAAAGACUUAAAGUCAUGUGUGAAGAGUCUUUGUGCAAUAACCUUACAGUGGAGAAUGUUGCUGACGUUCUUAUUCUCGCAGAUUUGCACAGUGCCGAACAGCUGAAAGCACAAGCUAUAGACUUCAUUAACAGAUGCAGCGUUCUCGGCCAAUUGGGAUGCAAGGAUAGGAAAAAUUGCAAUAGCAACCAAACGAUGGACAUAAUGGAAACAGCUGGCUGGAAAUCCAUGAUCAAAUCCCAUCCGCACUUAGUAGCAGAGGCCUUCCGAGCUCUCGCUUCCGCACAGUGUCCUCCUUUUGGAAUUCCAAGAAAGCGGCUAAAACAGUCGUAAAACUUUUCCUUUGGACUUAUUUAACUUUAUAGACUUCACAACUCAGUGUUCAGAGCUGAUUUACUAAACAAGCAGAUGAACAUGUAUUUUUGUUUUGUUCUCCUCAUUCACUCUCUGGUUUUACUCACCUACAGAAGAAAACUACUAGUGUUUCUUAUCAGAUGGAAGCCACACGUUUACAUUGGACUAUUUGCCCUUGAAUUCACAGAAUGGCCUUAAAUUCUCUUCAGAUGUUCCAUUCAAAAUUGUCGUAUCCAUGCCAAGAUUUAUUGGUCGCCCAUCAACCCCCCAUUUUUUUUUCUUCUUUAAAGGGGAUCUCCAUCUUCUUAAUAUUCCAAUAAAUGCACAGACUUCCUCUACAAGAGUCAGAACCUUCAGUGUAGAGAAUAGAAAGGGACAAACUGAUAAUGCCUUUAAUUGCAAUUACUAUAUAUAGCCAAAUGUAUUUGAACAUCCCUUCUAAUGAUUUGAAAUGGCUAAUUAAGCCACAGCCACCAUAUCAGAAAUGGGAAUGGAAGAACUUGACUGGCUCUGUCCUUAACUCAAAGGAACACCUUUGGGUAUGAACUGGAAUGGCAACUAUGACUGAUAGCCCAAGCUGUUAGGUGUGAAAAAAGGCAAAUCUGUUCAAUGUUCCAAGAUCUAUUGGUAACCUUCCCAAAAGUGUAGAGGCUGUUCUAGAUACAGAGAGAUGAGCAACUUUAUAUUAUUGCCCUGUGUGUUGAAAUGAGACACUGGACAGGCAGGUGUCCAUGCUUUUGGCAUUAAAAGGUAUUUUUAAAAAUACAUUUGUAAAAGCUGUUGAAAAUGUUAAUUUGUGGAUAUUGGCAAGUUACUUAGAUCACAUUUCCUUUCGUUAUGCAAAAACAAACAAAAUAACCUUUUGAGUGGUCCUCCUCAUUAUAAAAACUGAGACAGGCUGUACCAGAUUGCACUAACUCCAUAUUGCAAAAUAGGCUUCUCUAACACAUGGUGUUCUGUUCCUUAGUAAUUCUGUAAGGCUCAGGUGUAGAUUUAGAUUCAAACACUUAGUCAAACAGAGAGAGAGAGAAUAAUUUCAUUACAAAAAAAGCUUGUCCUAGCUCAUGUGGUUUAUUCUCCUCCUCAGCCAGAAAACUGCUAGUGGACAAUGUGCUGGAUGUGCCAUGAGCUUUAAUAGUCAAGUGCUGCCUAGUGCACAUCCAGAUGUUUCAAAUUAAUGUCCCCCCCCCCUCUGUUUUUAUUUUCAGUCUUGAACAGUCUAAAUGCUGUUCUUUUUACACGAUUUCCAAUGUCCUUCUUUGACUUCAGCGUGAACAGCCUUUGUCUUGAGACUAAGCAAGUAUAAACUGCCUGGCCAAACAAUAUAAGCACUUUCAGAAAAAAACUCUUAAUUUGUUUGACAAAAAAUAAAAUGUGUUUUAAAAAUCCAAAUGAAAGCUCUAUGAAAUAGGCACUAUCAAGUAAAUGAUUGGGUUGGUACAACAGACCAGGAUUAGCAAGUUGACUUUCUGACAACCUAAACAUCCUUCUUUUCCAAAUAGAAAUUAAGGGAGGUAUUCCGUUUGGUUGGUACACUAAUACUUCCUUAUUGACCCAUAGCAACUAGUCAGUUGCUAACAACCUCCAAUGACCUUUAAUCAUUCUGUAAGUACACAAAUGAAUAUGUUGACAAGUAUUUCAUUUAAUACAAGACAGUCAAGUAUAGUAUUUUUCCUGUAUUCAUAUAGGACAUCCAGUAGAUGGCCAAAUUAACGCAACAUACAAGUGUUUGCUUUGUUAACAGUAGUUAUGCCUAUAAAAACGAGUACAUAAUUCAAGUACAAUGAGAAUAUUGUUUGUUUAUUUGAUAUGCUUGUAUAAUUGAUGAGGGCAAUUACCACCGAUAAAGGUUUAGAUGUGCCAGGCCUGUACCAACCCAUUGAAACAGAGCUUUUAUUAAUCGUCUUAUGCUUUAGCUAGUUCUCUAUGUUGAUGGUUAUAGCAAGCAACUAUUCCUUUCUUUAAGGGAAACAAAGGGAUUGAUUAUGAAUCAGAAUUACUUUCUGGUAUUUAUUGAAUCUACUGAAGUUGUCCAUGGCUUCUUUGCAGUUGAUAUCUUGGGCAGUUAUAAAUAAUGAUUGUGAUCGUAUUGGCCAAUCAAUUCAAGUCUGUUGGUCCUUAGGUCAAGUUUAGAUUACUCUACUCCGUUUAUCACAGAAUUUACAGCUCAAAGGGAAUUUCCUUUCCUUACUUAUAAAAAGAUGGCAGUAGAAAGAAAUGGUACUUUGAUUGUGCAAUAACUGCAUUUGUAAUGUCUUUACGGGUAAUGGCAGGUGGGGGCUUGGUUGUCUGUAAAGUGCCCAAACUAGCUUGAUGUCUGGAUCAACAGAAAAAACCACAAGGUGUUUUUGUGUGCUUUGCCACUCGAGGCAGAGGAGACUCAGCGGUAUUAUAGUACCCCAUCUAGCUUUGCCCUAAACCAGAUCUUAAUUGUCUAUUUAAACCAUGAAAUACCAAUGCAAGCAAAUAAUUUUCCUUCUUGGAAUAUUGUUAGGGCUAAGAAUUAGUUUACUCCAGGCUUUUUGUUUCAUGUUGUAGCUGUAAUGUUUAAGUAAUGUCCUUCAUCAGGUCUGUGACGAGCAGAACAUUCAACGUUCUUUGUCUUCAUAUCCGUUAACAUUGCUUUAAGUGUUGGAUUGAUAAUAAAUCGUCUCUUUUAAGAAUACAUAUAUUUCAUCCUGUGCCUCUGCAGGGGGCAGAACAAAUCAAAUGCAAGAAUCCCAAAAUUGUAGAUGUUAUGCUAAAAUGGUGCAUUUAUGUGGAAAUGACCUUGAAAAGCCAUGUUCAAACCUUGCAGUAUCAAAUGUGAAAUUUUAAGCUUCCCUUUAAUCUUGGAUUUCCGUCUCAACACUUAAAAUUCACAUUCUUCUCGGCUGAUUAGCAGUUAAUUUAGAUGCUGACUGCAUUCAUGCAUCGCAUCUUAAUUGGUUGCCAAUAUAAGUGGAACCUGGUUUUACAGUGGUAGAGAGGCAACCACGGAUUAAUCAUUUGUAUUCAUUAAACUAACAUGAUGACUCUGUUAUGUUCACAUUGGUAAAAGUCAUCAUCAUGUGAAUUGUAAUGUUAUUCUAUAUUCUUCCAAGUCUUUUCUGCAUCAAAGAAGAACUAAAGCUUAAAAAUGAAUUUGGCUAGAAAUGCUAUAUCGUAUAUACUGCCCCAGCAGAGAGUUUUAGCAACCCUAAGACAGUAACGAUCAUUAAGGUUGCCAUCUUGGAUUGUUAGGCGAUCUUUUCUGUGAUAGCGGCAUUGCUCAUGUUUAGUGUAUUUUGGGCUACUGUUAAAGGAGAAGGAAAGGGUUGAUCACUGGAAGGUGCUAGAUGUUGGGUAACACCUGAUACCCCAAGUAGGUGUUGCUCUAAGCAGAAAACUGCAGCAACCAACAAUAUUUCUGUAGGAGCACCAUAAAGCAAUACUCUUGCUGCAUCAGCUUUCCUUGCAAAGAUGCACAUGCAUAGUCGAGUAAAAAGCCAAACUUUAAGGAAAAAAGAUGGCCUUUCCACUCUUACAGGUGCCUAACAUUUGGCACCCCCAGUGAUUGGGAUAGCCUUCUCCUUUAAGAAGUGGUUUAAAAGUAUGAAGCAGAAAACGAGGUUAUACCAAUCAUAGAAGCUGGUGCUACAGGGCUGGUUAUUAAUUCUGGUGAGGAAUGCACUGGUUUCUGAGUUGCCUUGUGAUGCGUCUCUGAAUUAAUUACUAAUUAGCCUUUAGUCAUCACUAUUAUAUUACUAGUUGUGAGUUGGUCCCUAAACUCAGGUAACUGACAGCAGCCCAAAGCAUGAGCUAUGAAUCGGCAGAAAAUAAGAUGGGAAGCUUCUGGGGACAUCCUCACCGCCACAGAUCUACUUUGCUAAGGGGCUGCAGUGGCUCUGAUAAGCAUGAAUUCUCCUUUAACUAGCAAUGUGCUGGUGAAAGUGUUAACCCACUGCAGAAGAAUAUUUAAAAAAAAAAAAUUGUACAUAGAAAAAGUUGUGACCCCUAGUUACUGGGGACUUGAUGGCCUUCAAAUGUAUGCAAUUAAAGGCCAUCAAUUUGAAGUAGAUGUCAACAUCACAGAUUUUCUUGGGAUUGUAUCUCUUUUAAACCCUUGUCAGAACAUGUUUUUUCCCCACAGUUCUCUCUUUCAUUCAGCUCUGAUGCUCAGAAGGUUCAUUUUGGAAGGACUACGAGGGAUUACUGAAUUGUGUGUGACAGUUACAAUAUAUUCAUGUGACAAACCUGUAUUUGGCUUUGGCCAGAUUAUAGUGGAACUUUAUACCUUGUUAUAAAGGUGCUUUAAAAGCUCCAUUUGUCAAAUUGCACAGAGCCUGCUAUAAUACGCCGAGAAAAAAUUCUAUUUCAGGUUGAUUGAAUAUACUUGAAAUAUGGAAGCUUAAUAAAUAUAUAUAUAUAUAUAUAUAUAUAUUUUCUUUGUCUGUUAUUUUCAAGUUUAAAACACAUUUUGUACCAAAAAAAAUGUCAAACACUGUGCUUUGUAAAUUAAUGUACAAUUGUAUUGGUUGGCUGCUUUAUCAAGAUGCUUGUGGCUUAAAAUGUUAUUUUAUGGUCAGUUAUAUUUUAAGACUUCUGUUGACUGUUUGAGAAAUGUAAAAACGUUGUUGUCUUUUGA